AUGGCUGAAGUCUUCAACAAUUUAGUUGUGAGGUCAUCAUUUGGUCGCAUAAUUAAGCAACCAAAACAUGGAUCCCUCGAGAAAGUAUACGGUCAAGGAACAGUGGACAUCAAGCCCCCAGGACUGGAGGAACAUUACAGGACUAACCUAGAAAAACUGCUGAGUAGAAUGGGACAGCAUGUCGAGCAGAGCGUGAUUAUGAUGGCCAAAAUGGAAUAUACAGAACUGAUGGCAUUGGAAAAGAAACUUAAACAAUUAGAUCCAAAAAGAUUUCAGAAAACAUCCGAAUCUCAGCCAAAAGCGUCUUAUCACAUAGACCAAAUGUGGGGACCCCAGCUGUUUCAUAUCAUACAAAAAUCAAUGGAAACUCCUGUCAAGAAUCUUUCUAAUGAUGCUCUGAGAGAACUGAAUGCUUUACAGCGAUCUGCAAGAGCUUAUGAAGAAAUAAUUCAGCAGUCUGCCGAUGGCUCCCCAAGAGAACCACAAAUAAGACAAAAUCUGAGUGGAUCCCUUCUUGUAAAACGUAAACCACAAACACCGACUCCAAACCAUCACGCUCCAAAUAAAGGAGGACCAAUGAAAGCCGUGCAUCAAGAAUACUUCAUAACUAAACCACUAUACAAGGCCGUCAAUACUUCAGCGAACAAACCGGAUUUCAGUAACAGCAUUACUAAAGGAUCAAGUAAAGAUAACUAUGUAAACAGAAGCAUCACCUCUGCUUCCAGACCUCCCUCUUCUCAGGCUUACAAAAGUCAGCAUCGGUCCGGGUCAAUCUUUAUCUCCAAAGAGGAGUACGAUCGUCUACACAAAAAAAUUAAACAGCAAGAGAUGCAAAUAGAGGAACUCACAACCAGAUUAAGUAGUUUUGCUAGCAAACAGCUGCUGGCAGGUAACCCAAACAUGGCUGACUUGAGCGACAAGAACAGACCAACAAAGAUUGGGGAGAAGUUCGGAAGUCUGUAUGACGAGGAGUGGUCGGAUGCCUAUGAUGCCUUCCAGACUCAGCUCAGGUACACAGAGGAGGAGUGUCUACGGGUUCUUCUGAGAAUACUUAGGUAUGCGUAUGACUUCUGCAAAAAGGCCUCAGAGACUCAACUGUCCGACUUGUCGCUAUCAAUGGAGAGACACAUUCUACAUCCGGCGUCUUUCCAUGGAAAUUCCAUGUCCAAUUCAACCAAUCUUACGUCGUCAGUUGGUUCAGUGGAUGUGCGUCUUGACGAAAGCCAAGGAAAAGUGCUGCGAUCAGUUUGUAACAGACAUUCUAAGGAAUUCAGAAAAGCAGCAGGUCUGAAGUCUGUUCCAGAGUUACAAGAGGUCUUCAAAAAACAAAUGCUGAGAAAAAACUUCCAGCUGGAGCCACGCCAGUUACCAAAACCAAUUCUAGCUUACAUUGACGUCUGUAUAGAGGUCACGUGGUUAAUGUGCAUACAGGAUCCGCCUAUGGUGAUCACGUGGGCCACAGAGGGGGAGGCAAUAAAUAAAGACUAUUAUAAAUUAUAUAAAACUAACGGUAGUGUUGUUAAAGUAUCAGUAUGGCCUGUUUUGUUCUUACACAGCAGAGGGCCAAUUGUUAGCAAAGGAUACGUUUAUCCAUUUGAAAGGAAAGUUUGAAUAUUUUUGUUUUAAAUUCUGAAUAUCUUCGUGAAUACAAAACAUAUCAGAAAAACGAAUCUUUUUUUUUAAUUUAUCUCAGAAAUUUAC